CACACAAUCAAAUUAUAAUGACAACAUCAACGAUAUCUACUGCAGCAUUGAAUUGGCCAGUUUCUGAUCGUUCUUCGAAGCUCUCUUUCUCUGUUUCUGUCAACAAUACAAGUGCAUGCAGCUUCCGUUCUCUGUUUUCUUCCUCCUGGAGAAGAUUUGCUGAUCGAAGAACCGGUCUUUCCGUCGAUUAUUCUUCUAAGAAGAAGCAAAGGGUACACAUUUGUGGAAUCUGGGGAAAUCUUGGCCGACAAAUGGAGAAUAAGCCGAUGAUCAUGGUGACGAAUGAUGAUGGUAUUGAAGGCCCUGGUUUGCAAUCUCUGGUUGGACUCCUCGCCUCUACAAAUCGAUAUCAAGUCUGUGUCUGUGCUCCUGAUACGGAAAUGUCAGGUGUUGGUCAUAGUAUUACUUGGCAGAAUCCUCUCCAGGUGAAACAAGUAGAAAUUCCAGGAGCAACAGCCUUUGCGGUUCCUGGAACUCCAGCAGACUGCGCUUCUUUGGGAAUCUCUAAAACACUUUUUCCUAGAGUUCCUGAUUUGGUUAUCAGUGGCAUAAAUAAGGGUAGCAACUGCGGUUACCACAUUUUAUAUUCAGGGACAGUAGCAGGUGCCCGGGAGGCCUUUUUAACAGGUGUACCUGCUAUCUCCAUAUCAUAUGACUGGGUCGGGGGUAAGAGCACUGUUAAGGACUACAAACUUGCUGCCGGGGCUUGCUUACCCAUAAUAAAUGCAAUCUUGGCUGAUAUCAAAAACAAAACAUACCCUCUGAAGUGUUUUUUGAAUAUAGAUCUGCCCACAGAUGUUUUGAAUCAUAAGGGAUAUAAGUUGACAAAGCAGGGCAAGAGUAUCAUUAAAAUGGGUUGGAAGAAAAUUACUUCUGAAGCACAGGUAGGAAAGAUAUUAUCGACAAUGACUAUGGAAACAGAUCACUUAGCAAAUAUUGACAUGAAUGCUACAGAAGUAUCACAAGAGUCUCAGAAUAGUCUCCUUUAUAUGCGAGAAAUUAGAGGACUUGAAGUGGGAGAAAAAGAUACUGAUUACUACUCCGUUCGAGAAGGAUAUAUCUCUGUUUGCCCUCUUAGUGCAUUGUCUCAUGCAGAGACAGAUAGUGAAACAUAUUUUAAAGAGUGGCUUCCAAGUGUGACGGAGUGCUUCUCUUCCUCGGCUUUGUGAUACUAUCAUUUUUCUUCUAAAGCUGAUCAUUAGUCCGGGAGGAUAGUUAAUGAAAUUUUUGGCAGUCUUGUAAACAUUCUAAACUUCUUUAUGAGAGAAGUCCAAAAACAUCAUUUUCUUGUGUGAAAUAGUCAUAGACAAAAUAAUAACAUACGCAUUAUUUGCAUCCGUAUCAAACUUUUGUUUUUAUCCCAGAAAGUAUGUAUUUUUCGUCUUUGGCUGA